AUGGAGCCGGCCCGGCAGCCCCCCGCGCGGGCCCGCCCGCCGCCGCCGCCCGCCGCCCGGCCCGCGCCCGCCCCUGCCGCGCCCAGGCCGCGCUCGCCCGCAGAGGCGGAGGCGCGCGGCCCCGAGGGGCAGCUGCGGCGGUCGGGCUCCGGCUACGAAGGCAGCACCAGCUGGAAGGCGGCCUUGGAGGACACCACCACCCGUCUCCUGCUGGGAGCCAUCGCCAUCCUUCUGUUCGCCAUCCUGGUGGUGAUGAGCAUCUUGGCUUCCAAGGGCUGUAUCAAGUGUGAAGCGCCCUGCCCAGAGGACUGGCUGCUCUAUGGAAGAAAAUGCUACUUCUUCUCUGAGGAACCGAGAGACUGGAACACGGGCAGACAGUACUGCCACACCCACGAGGCCGCGCUGGCUGUGGUUCAGAGCCAGAAGGAGCUGGAAUUUAUGUUCAAGUUCACGCGGAGGGAACCCUGGAUUGGCCUGCGCAGAGUGGGGGAUGAAUUCCACUGGGUCAAUGGGGACCCGUUUGAGCCAGACACAUUCCCCGUCGCGGGCCUGGGGGAGUGUGUCUUCGUGGAGCCCACAAGGCUGGUGUCGACGGAGUGUCUGAUGACCCGGCCCUGGGUGUGCAGCAAGAUGGCCUACACAUGAGGGCCCCGCUGGAGCCUCCCUGGGACACCUUCCAGGACAGCAGCAGCCCUCAGUGCCACUCCCUUUCCCCAGCACCUCCAGCACUUAAGACUGAGCCUCUCCUGUGGCCCAUCUGUUGCCUCGCCAUCGAUGACUUGUCUCUUCAUGUCGUCAGACUGCUCCUGUCAUCAGAUUAUAAACCCUGGAGAGCAAGUACUGUGUGUUGUUGGUCUCGGAGUGGCACACAUAGCGUGUGCUGCCUGUGGUACCCGCCAGUAAGAUAGCCCACAGCAUCCUUAACUGUUUGCCAGUUAACGGUGGGAGACAGCAGUGGCCGCCAUAGUCAGAUUUGUCCUUUGGGCUUCGGUGGGCAUGGCAUGAUUUCAGAGGCACAGCAAAGAUGAACUCUAUAAUUUGUUUUGCUUCCAUUAAAUGAGCUCACAGCCUUCCCUAAAGCAUGCACAUACAUCCUGGGUGGGCUCAGUAAGGGUGGUCUGGAAGUAUGGGGUGGGGGUAGGGGGGAGGGAGAGUAGUCUAGCCUCCAAAAUGUCCUUUGCAUCGUACGUGGAUUCCAGUGGGUGAGGAGAUGGUGUGAGUGGGAACCAGGCUCAGGGAGGGUGAUGGGGCUGGCUGCUGAAGGUUCCUGGGAUCCCCAGGAUGUCAUGCUAGUAUCACUGUGCUGUUCCUCGAAAGACAAGACCUGGUUUUCAAAAAUGCCCACUAUUUGCUGAGUACUUACAGCAGGAGGGAUGGAGGUGGGGGAGGUAACUGCCUCUUUCCUCUUGGUCUGUAGCCAGACUGGGAGUGGGGGCAUCCAGGAAGCCUCUUGCCAUGCUCACCUCUCUGCCAAAGCAGCCUGGAGUGGAUACACGAGGCCUGGCUCUGAAGACUAGUUGGGCACUAGCUCUAUCAACGAGCAGUUGUAUAGCUCAGGCCACUGUGCUAAACCUCUCUGACCCCAGGCUUCACGUCUAUAAAGUAGAAAUCAGGCCUGCCCUGCCGACUUCACAGGGUUUUGAGAACUGUAGAUGUUAGAAUUUCAGGACUAUCAGGGGUUAGAAAUGAUCCACCCCAUUCUCACUAUCCGCGAGGCCCAGAGAGGUUAAGUAACAUGUCCAAGGUCACACAGCAUGUGGCAGAACUAGUCAGGUCUCGUGGCUCUUAUUUCCUGUUUAUACUCUUAUUAUUGCAUGGAUCAUGCUUUGUUAAUUUGUUUACUUGUUUGCCAUCCAUGCAGAAAUGUAAGCUCCUAGAGGGUAGGGAUUCACUUGUACACUUUUUUGUUUCUCUAGCGCCUGGUACAUACACAAGGUGCUCAAUAAAUGUGUGUUGAACUUAAUUGAUCUUGACUCCUAGUUCAAGUGCUCUUGCCUCUACACCACACUUCUUUGAUCCCGGAACUCUGCACUUCCAGUUCAGCUGCCCACUACCUAUGAAAACGUUCAGAUGUUUUAGAGGAAGAGAGAAGAAAGAUGCUCGGCUGCCCUGCAACAUCCAGGAGUGUCCUGUAAUCUAGAGCACGGGAUCCAUUUGAGCAAAUACAGACACAUAUGUCUAAGACAGAAUUGGAAUGACAAUAACAAUUAACACUACUAAUUGAGAGCUUAUCAGGGCCACUGUGUUAAGCAUUUCUUACUUAGCCCGGCCCAUAGUAGGUGCUUAAUAAAAGUUUAUCUUCUCAGAGGCUUCAUUUCUCACAUAGUGCACUGCUGAUUCAGACAACGCUCCAGGAAAGCUGUCUGCCGCAUCUUGACUUAGUGUUUCAAAAUGUUUCGGUCCUAUGAAACCUCCAACUUGACCAAUCACGACUGGGGGGAGGGCAAACACGGAGAAAUGUGCACCGGUUCUUCCAUGCUUCUACCUGGAAAGGACUCGUGUCACUUUUCCUUGGUUUAAAGCAAGACAGCUAACGUCAGACGAACCAGGAAAUACAAUCCUUCCAUGUGCGGGAAGGAAACUGAAAAACUCUUGGUGCGUGGCAGGCCUGCUCCACCACAUUCCCUACAACACGUCCUAUGUGAACCUCUCCAUUCAGAUCCUGGAAGGAGCAGAGCCGUUCACCGUCACUGACCUGCAUUAAU